AUGGAUGAUCUUGGAUGUGUAAAGACUAGUUCGUUGGAGUCUUUAAAAAAUAAUUUUGAGGUUCAAAAUGGGGUUCUUAGAAUUUGUUCAAGUUCUGAGUCAACUAGCUGUGGAGACUCAACUGUUCCCAGGCUUACUUGGUCUAAAAUUGUUGGUGAUGGUGAAAAGGCGGGGCCUUUUGAUGAUGGGUUUAAGGAUGCCCCUAGAAAGAUCUCACUUAAUGGAGAUGGGACGGCAACUCUGGAGCUGCCCCACUCUUUCUUAAUUGAGGCUCGGAAACAGUGGUCCUCUAGUUGUAUUGGGCAUUUUGUUGGUGCCAGUUUGCAGUUUAAAUAUGUUAAAGAUCAGACCAUGAAACUUUGGUCUAAUAAAGGCUUGAAGAAUGUGUAUUAUAACUCGAAGGGAUACUAUACCUUUCGUUUUGAAACCGAGGCUGAGAUGAAGAAGGUUAUGGCUCUACGUUCUAUUCAACUUGGGGGCAAGAGACUCUAUCUGGCUCCUUGGACUGAUGGGGCUAGUUUUCAAAAGAAUGUCAUUAAAAAAGUUUCUACAUGGAUCAAACUGGUGGAUGUUCCACACUCUUAUUGGACUAGAGAGGGUCUCAAGCACAUUGCUAGUGCUGUGGGUGUCCCAAUCAGUCUUGAUAACCAAACUGCCACCUUGAAUCCAAUGAAAUACGCUGGGGUUCUUGUUGAGAUCACAUAUGACUGUGCCUAUCCUAAGGCUGUCUGGGUUCCUGUUAUUGAUGAGGAUUCUGGUGAGGUGAUUAAAGUGAGGGUGGGUGUAGACUACUCCUCGGUUCCACAGUCAUGUUCCUAUUGCAAGGCUUUUGGCCACUAUGACUCACGUUGUGAGAAGAAUCCCUCCUAUGUAAAGCCUCCAACUAAAGAAAAAGCACCAACAAAGAAGGGGAAAGAAAAGGUUGACCCUGUGGAGAAGGACCCCAUUGUGCAGCCGACCCCUGCUAAAUCGACCCCUGCUAAGCCCACCCCUCCUGUGAAUGAUAUUGGCACCUCCAACAAGUUUGCUGUGUUAGAAGAUGGUGAGAUUGAUGCUUCAGCUGCAACUGAGGUUUUGAAUACCAAUUCUGAGAAUUUGAUUGACACUACUCCUUUUGGAGAGGCUUUGCCCCAUGACAGCCCUGUGGUGCCCUUGGAGUGCUCUACAGAUGCACCUCGUGCUUCUGUGCCCGUGGAUGCCCCUUCUGCGCCUUUGGAGAGCUCUAGCGCAGCUGAGCCCGGGAAUGCGCAGGAUGCGCCCCUGAAGCACCCUAGUGCUAUUAUGCUCGAUAGUGCGCGUGAUGCGCCCCUGGUAUGCUCCAAUGCUGCUGUGACCUUGGAUGCACCUGUGGAUGCUCCCGUUGAGAUGGAUAUUGAACCGGUUGAGGUUGUGUGUGCUUUGCCAGCCUAUAAUGCUCCUCCAUCAUGUGCCACUGUGAUGGAAUCUCCCAAGAACAAAAGAAAGAAGAGCAAAGGAAAGGGUCAGAACGGGCCUUUUUUUACAGAGUCCCCACAGAUUUCUCCACCUUUAGCAUCCCCGAGCAAGAGGGGCAAGAAUGUUGAUGAAGAUGGAUUCACUCAAAUUGAAAACAAAAGAAGCCUUCGGUCACGGGGUAAGGUUGUAAAUAGAAUUAAGCGUAACUGGUCUUGGAUUUCUAAUCAUGCUGAUCAUUACAAUGGUCGUAUUAUUGUGGGUUGGGAUGCUGCUUUUUGGACUAUUUCUGUUCUGAACUCUAGUCCCCAACAUAUUACCUGUCGUGCUUUGUUUAAAGAGACUAAUUGCAUCUUCAUAAUUACUUUUGUUUAUGCUUUUAAUGAUGGAUGUGAUCGUGUGCCUUUAUGGGAUUUUAUUUCCUCUUUUGACCCGGGUGAACCCUGGUGUUUGGCUGGGGAUUUCAACACUGUUUUGAGCAUCUCUGAGAUCCAUGGGGGUCGAGAGCACUGGACUCCUGAGAUGCAAGCUUUUAAAGAUUGUGUGACUGAUAAGGGCCUCACUUGUUUGAGGGCUAUUGGGGAUAGUUUCACUUGGUAUAAUCGAAGGGAUAUGGACCCUGUCUUCAAAAGAUUGGAUAGAGUUCUUGUAAAUGAUUCUUGGCUUCUUCAAUUUGCCUCGAGCCAGGUUGUGGUCCACAAUAGGGGCAUCAUGGACCACCAUGCUCUUCUCAUCUCUGUUUGUGACUCUGUGCCCAGGGUGCACAAAAGCUUCCAGUUCUUUAACUACAUGAUUAAUCUUGAUGGCUUUCUUGAUUGUGUUGCGAAGGCUUGGGACACUCAGUUUUUUGGGGAUCCCUUACUGGUUUUCUGGCGAAAGCUCAAACUUGUUCGAGCAAACUUGGUGACUUUGAAUAGAGAGCAUGGGAAUGUCCGUUCUGUUGUUCAACAAUGUCGUAUGCACCUUGCUUCUAUUCAAAACUCUGUGGCUCUUGAUAGGGGAAAUGCAGCUCUCUUGUUGGAUGAGGACUCUGCAAUCAAUGCUCUUAACCGAGCUCUUAACCAUGAGGAGGAGCUCUAUAAACAGAAAUCUAGAUGUAAAUGGCUCAAGUUGGGGGAUUCGAAUACCAAAUUCUUCUUUGGCCAGACUCGCACUAAUUGGAACACAAACAAGAUUCUCUCCAUCCAAAAUCAACAUGGUGACCUCGUCCAUGGUCACGAUGCUGUUGCCCAUGUGGCGGUCUCCCACUUCCAAUCUCAGCUCGGGAUUGCAGGGGUGAGAGCUUCUCUAGAUUGGGGGAGCCUCUCUUGCCCCACCCUGACCUUGGAUUCUCAUGAGGCUCUCCUUGCCCCAAUUACGGAUGACUUGAUUCUGGAAACUCUUAAGUUGCUUAAACCUGGUAAAGCUCCGGGCCCUGAUGGUUUUAAUCGAGAAUUCUUCCUGGCCACUUGGACUAUUUUGGGAGGUGACUUUUGUAGAGCGGUUCGUAGUUUCUUUGAGGGUGCCCCCAUGCACUGUGGGGUGAACUCUACGCUCAUUGCAUUGGUUCCUAAAUCAAGGACUCCAACUUGCAUGAAAGAUUUCAGGCCAAUUGCUUUGUGUUCCACCAUCUACAAAUGCAUCUCUAAGAUUAUUGCUAGCAGACUCAAGUGUGUAAUGCCAGGUCUCAUUGACAAGGCUCAAUCUGCCUUUGUUCCCGGUCGCCAAAUUAGUGACAACAUUCUUCUUGCUCAAGAGUUAUUUAGGGGGUAUGGUCGUGAAACUGGGCUCCCAAAAUGUGCUUUGAAACUCGACCUUAAUAAGGCUUUCGAUUCCAUUAAUUGGGAUUUCUUGCUGGAAUGUCUUCACUUUAUGAAUUUUCCACCAAGAUUCAUCACAUGGAUACGGGGCUGUGUUUGCACCACUCAGUUUUCUGUCAAACUUAAUGGAGCUAGUGUGGGGUUUUUCAAGGGUGCUAAGGGGCUGCGUCAAGGUGACCCGAUAUCGCCGUAUCUCUUCACUAUUGCUAUGAAUGUGUUCUCCUCCAUUCUCAACCAAGUCCCUAGUGGCUUUCAGUUUCAUUGGAAAUGCAAAGAGCUCAAGCUUACCCAUCUUUUCUUUGCUGAUGAUGUCCUUAUCUUCUCUAGGGGCGACAGGACGUCCAUUGAGCACAUAAUGGCAUCCCUUGCUCUUUUCUCACGGGUUAGUGGUCUCUCUGCCAACCUUUUGAAAAGUACUUGUUUUCUUAACAACUGUGAUACCCUGUUGAAGUCUUGGUUUGAUCACACCUAUGCUAUCCCCCAUGGCACCUUGCCUGUGCGCUUCCUUGGCGUCCCCCUUAUCACAAAGCAGCUUUGUGUUAAUGACUGCAUGCCUUUAAUUGAAAAAUUAACUGCUAGAAUUGAUGAUUGGACAAACAUUCUGCUUUCUAUAGCUGGGAGAGUCCAACUCAUUAAAUCUGUCCUUUUGGCCAUGGUCUCCUUCUGGACGAGGCAUUUCAUUCUCCCUAAGGGUAUACAUCACACCAUUCAAUCCAUCUUGACCAGGUUUUUGUGGAAGGGCUCUCUGGCUGUAGGUGGGGCAAAAGUGGCUUGGGUUGAUCUUUGUUUGCCCAAAGAGGAGGGUGGCCUCGGUAUUCCUAACCCGGCUACUUGGAAUGAAGCUCAAAUCCUCUCACACCUUUGGAAAAUUGUAAACAAAGAUUGUACAUCUUUAUGGGUCAAUUGGGUCAUUCAUACUGUCAUCAAGCACAAGUCCUUUUGGAUGCUUCCAAUCCCAACUGAUUGUUCUUGGAUAUGGCGAAUGAUUCUCACCCUUCGUGACUCAGCUCGAGGCCACCUCAGUUUCAGAAUUGGGAAUGGAGCCACGACCUUGCUUUGGUUGGACCCUUGGUUCAAUUCGACCCCUAUUGCCUCUUGUCCCAGGGAUCCUAUUAUUUCUUAUCUUGGCUCCACCCCCCAAGCCAAGGUUUCUGACUGGAUUUCUCAAGGGCAUUGGGCAAUCCCGGAUCCUAUUUCUUCUCAGCGUCGCAGCCGAGCCCGCUUUGAUGACUGGUUGGCGACCUUCACUUUUCCCCCUGUGUCCUCCAAUCCUGAUCGGCUUUUUUGGGACUCUAAUGCUGGAAGCAAUGUUACUGUUCGUCUUAUAUGGGAUACAAUUAGGCACCAUGGCCAUGGUGUGCCUUGGUUUUUUGCUGUGUGGUUCAAACAGGGGAUCCCUCGCUAUCGCCUUCACUCUUGGUGGAGUGGAAUCUCACUCCCACCUAUUCAUGACUGCCCUUAUACUUCCUAUAUCUUGGAUUUGCUGUUUGCCCCUAUUUACAGGAUUCGGAUCUUACCCCACUGGAAAUGGACGCACCUCCUCGAGCAUCUCAUGACCUGUCCUGAUCCUACCAGGCGAACCAUAUCUCUCAUUGCUGCCCAAGUUACCUCCUACCACUUAUGGCGAGAGAGAAAUGCUAGAAGACACAACAGAGGCUCCUUUGGCCCACGAAAGCUUCUUCAUGGAAUCAUCACUGACUUACAGGCUCGAAUUUUUGGGGAGCCUUGGUUCAUUGCUGCUGUUCGUAGUAAUUGUAUUCUGAGAACUUGUAUAUCACAAUUUGACUAG